UCAUCACCGAUCCAGCUCAAACACAUCUUCUUCUUCCUGAGCUUAGCAUAGUUAGCUUGCGAGCUAGCUAGCUAGCCAUGGCUGCUCGCAAGAUAGCCAUGUCCACUUCGUCACUGCUCUUAUUGCUGCUUGCUGCUGCCCUGCUGCUCACCGGUGAUGCGGCGAGAAUCCUGCAGGAAGCGGCUUGGCCACCCUACGAUUACCCAAAGCCUGAUCAGCCGCCACCGCUGCUGCCAACACCUGAUGUUGUGCCAAAUCCAAAUCAGCCUCCCCUGCAGCCCACACCCGGUGUUCCACCACUGCCCAAUCCUGAUGUGCCACCGAUGAAUAAGCCCGAUGUGCCACCGAUGCCUAAACCCGAUGGGCCACCCAUUCCCCCGGUACAACCAUGUCCUGAUCAGCCACCACAACCUAAACCUGAUGGGCCACCAUUGCCAAAUCCUAAUCAACCACCACAACCCAAUCCUAAUGGGCCGCCAAAGCCUGAUAUGCCACCGAUGCCUAAACCUGAUGGGUUGCCCAAUACUUAUGAGCCAUCAAGACCUGACCAGCCACCUCAACCUAUAUCUGAUGGGCCACCACUGCCUAAUCCUAAUGUUCCACCAAAGCCUGACCAACCACCACAACCCAUUCCUAAUGGGCCACCGAAGCCUGAUAUGCUUCCAAUGCCUAAACCUGAUGGGUCACCCAAUUCUUAUGCGCCUUCGGUGCCGGACCAAUCAACACAACCCAAUCCAAAUGGGCCAUCAAUCCCUAACCAACCACCACAACCUAUACCUAAUGGGCCGAUAAAGCCUGACCAGCCACCGCAGCCCAAUCCCGAUAUGCCACCAAAGCCAGACCAACCACCCCAACCUUGCCCUGAUGGGCCACCGAAACCUGACCAGCCUCCACAGCCCAAUCCUAAUGGGCCACCGAAACCUGACCAGCCGCCACAACCUAAUCCUAAUGGGCCAUCAAAGCCUGACCAACCGCCAAGACCCAAUCCUGACAUGCCGCCAAAACCUGAUCAACCACCACAGCCAGAGUACUAUGAACAACCACCAAAGCCGGAUGCACCCCAGAUGCCACCGUUGCCGAACGGUGAGAUCCCAUUUUCACCAUAGCCGGAAGAAAGCGCCGGCCACUGAAGCCGGAGCUGCCGGUCAUUCCUGAGGUGCACCUCCUGGUAACGGGAGGGCAAAAACCAUGAUGACCACCAAGAGGUCCAUUCAGAUUGAUUCGUCCAGAUUCUACAUUUGGUUUCAUUUGUGUAUUUCUUUCCUGUAUCAACGGCGUGCAUGCCAUGUCUGUCGUCCGUGUAGAUGUGUGUUACUUGCUGAGUUUGUUGCUAUGAGCAGCUCACAUAUCUCUUCUCUGAGGGUGUGAGAUCAUAUAUUCAUAUUUGUUUAUAAUAAAUGGAUUCAAUUAUGUGUGUAUAUGAGCACACACUUGCAUUCAUCAGUCA